AUGGGACCGGUCGGCCAGGAUAGAACAGUGCCCGAGGCAUCGCUGGAAGUUCCUUACGACGCUUUUAAGUUCGACAUCUAUCAACUCGGAAAUGUAAUCGUGAAACAGCUUGACAUCUACGAGGAUCUUUCAUCUCUCAAACCGCUCGCGGACGCCAUGACACGUCCAGAUCCGGAUCAGCGCCCCAGCGCUACCGAAGCCUAUGAGUUGCUUGUGGACACAAUAUUGAACCUGAGCGAGGAUCAAUUGAAUCAUCAACGCAUAUGGAAGACGAGAACGCCAGCGGAACUGCGCCAUCGGGUUGAGUUCUGUAAUGAGAAUCCCCUCGAAUACAACUGA